AACGUCGUCUCGCCGAGGUUAGAACUUCUGCUAACGGCUGUGUUCACGAAACAGGGCACGGAGUUAUUCAUCAAUUAUCAAACCACUGUAUAAUUGCAACGAAAUUUUAUCCGAGCAUAGAACGAGAUCAGCAGCGUUAUCGGUGCACAUAGUCAAAGAUCAUAAGUGGGGCAAGGCAAAAGGAAAAGCAUAGUUAACAAGCAUCAUUUCACAGUAGUUGUUACACAUCCUUCGCUAUGAACAUCAACUUCGUAGGGAAACGUAUUCUCGUAACAGGUGCCGGACAAGGCAUCGGCAAGGAGAUGGCUCUCCGUCUCUCAAGUUACGGGGGUCAAGUGAUAGCGCUCUCCAGAACGAAAGAGAACUUGGAGAAACUACGCGCAGAGGAUCCUAAGAUUCAGACCGUAUGCGUCGAUCUCUGCGACUGGGAUGCUACUAAAAAAGCCGUCGAGCAGGUGUUACCUAUCGACCUCCUGGUGAACAAUGCUGCCGUCGCGUGUCUCAAUCCUUUCUUCGACGCGACGCCGGAAGACUUCGACCUGACCUUCACCGUAAACGUGAAAUCGAUGCUGAACGUCAGUCAGGUGGUCGCAAAGAAUAUGAUUGAGAGAAAAAUUGCUGGCAGCAUCGUGAAUCUCUCCUCGCAGGCCAGCCAGGCUGCUUUGAAGGACCACACUGUUUACUGUGCCUCCAAAGGAGCAGUGGACAUGUUGUCCAAGACAAUGGCUCUCGAACUUGGUCCUUAUAAUAUUCGAGUAAAUACAGUAAAUCCUACAGUGAUCAUGACAGAAAUGGGGAAGUUAGGAUGGAGCAAACCGGAAAAGGCACAGACCAUGUUGAGUAAAAUUCCAUUGGGUAGAUUCGGUGAGGUGUCCGAGGUGAUUGAUGCGGUAGUGUACCUGUUAAGCGAUCGUAGCUCGAUGAUUAAUGGUGUCAAUCUUCCGGUGGAUGGUGGAUUCUUGGCAUCUUGA